AUGAAAUUUAGUUCGUGUUUCUCUCCUUUUAAAUGGAAAUAUCACCAUAUUUCUACUCAGGAAUUGAGCACUUUUCACAAAGAAUAUGUAGGUUGUAUACGUAGUUUUCAGCUUAGUUCUGUUUCAUUAAAUAAUAUAAACAAAACGUGUGGUCAUGGACACAUUUUAAAUUUGAAGAAGUCAUUUCGGAACAGCAAAUGUACCGGUAAGACUUCAAUAUAUAGAUAUCCAGUACUGGUAUUAUUUAUAAUUAUGUAGUUGUUUUAACUAUUUAUGUUAAAUAAGGCCAUGGGAAUGAAAGUCAUAGAUUUGCGUCCACCGCCCGCAUGCCUCAAAAGCUACCGCCUAAAAUUUUCAUUAUUUACAAAGAAAUUCAUUAUUUUCACAAAUAAAGCAAAACUCAAUAAAAUUAGCAAUAACAUUGAGUAUUGAUUACAAUGAAAUGAACAUAUUGCAGUGUGUUUGUCCUCAGUAUCCACAUUCUAUGAAAUUCCAAAUUAUAUUCACCGAAAUCGCGAAAUUGGCACACAGAUCUCAGUGCUGCGACCACCUGAGCUCGUGAUAUAUGUAAUUCCACGGCGUGAACGGUAAUUCUUGUUUUGAUCUCUGUAUUUACCACCGAAAAGAAUGGUCAAAAAAUAAUGAAUAAUGAAUAAUGAAAAAAAGCCGCAUGCUUUUUCAAAAUUACCCGGACGCAAAUCUAUGACUUUCAUUCCCAUAGCCUAACCACAAAUAUACUAAACUUGUAUGAUGUAAUAAAAUGUAUAAUCAAUAAAUGUACUGUACAAAUAUAAAGUCGAACCAGUCUAAUGACUAGAAUCGCUUGAAUCCAUAGAGGCACAGACCUUGGCAAGUACCAUAAACAGGACCAGUCACCCCCCUGGACAUGUGCCAUUUUUAGUAUUUCCAGGGGGGACUGCUUCUGUUUACAGUACUUGUUGAGUGACGAAUCAUGACGAAUAGAGCUUACGCAAAAAACAAUAGAGAUGGACUUCUGUGUAGUAUUCUGUAAUAGAGGGCCGCUGGCCGCACUUUGCCCCUGAUGAGUAAACUGUCUGCUGUUACACAGAGUGAAAUGAUAAAAUAGGGUACAUGAAGGCACAUUGCCACUUAAAGGGUUAAUGUUGAUUUUACUUGUCAAGGGGAGAGUGCUAAUUGCACUGGAUGGGUUGAACUGCCACAUGGUAUAAAUGGCACGCUGACCCAUUUGUGAAUGAUGCAUUUCAUAGGUUCAAUGUGCAAUUGUUUCCUGUUUUGCUAUGUUUUAUUGUGUAAUGGGUUUGAGGAGACAUUAACACCUCGCACAUAGAGGAAAUUGGAAGUUAAUCUUUCCACUCCCAUUAUUUUUUUGGACAUUCUAGUAUAUUUACUCAUAGACGGAUUUUCAUAUUUUUUACUGGGGUGGUGCCAGAAAUUUUAGGGGGGUGAGCCAUGAGCAGGUGAUUGAAGCAACACAAAGUGUCACCAAACCCCAGUAAGGUCUAUAUUCUAGUGGUGGAGCACUAGAGCCACAAGGGGGGAGUCUAGAGAGCAGAAAACAAAGUAUCCCUGGAAAAAUUUGAAAAAAAAUCAUGAUUUCUAGCUUCGAAAAAAAGUUUUUUGAAGAGUGUCAUAUCAAUGGAUUUGGCAUGUCCGAUUGUCUAUUGAGACUUGAGAGAGUUAAAGUUAAAUGAACCUGUACAAGUGUAAACCCAAUAGGCCAAUACACAAUAUGCUUUUACUUUUAUAAAGUCAUUAACAUUGUAUGUGUUGUUUGAAUCCGAGUACAAUUUAUGAUGCAACUCUGAUGUAAAUAAUAUUUGGGGUGUAAAGAUUAAAUCUAGGCAAGUCUAUUUCCUAAAAGAAUUAAAAACUAAAAAUAAUGUUUGUAAAAAUUCCAAAUGUUCCUUGCAUUUAGCAAGCUAUUUGCAUGACAAGGCACAAACUCUAUUCAGGGGAGAGAAUAGAGUUUCAAAACUUUACAAUUGCUCCAAUAAACCAGUGAAUGCAAGCAAGGAGCAAUUAGUUUCGCAGUGUCUUUCUAUUUGAGUGUUAACUUCUACAUUUAUUUUGUACCAUCAACACUCUGCAUGUUGGAGUGGACUAUUUAAUUAUUUUUUAUUAUGCUGAAUAUUGGGGGGGGGGUUGAAAAUUUUUUUGGAGGGGUGGUCAUUUUGUUUGAGGGGGUUAUAGCUAAUAUUGGGGGGGGUAGCACCCCCCACAAAAUCCAUCUAUGAUUUUAGUAUCAUCAAGAAUGACCUUCCCCCCCACCCACAUCAACCCCCUCCCCCAGAUGGCAGACAUUUCUAUAGGGGGAGUAUCAAUUUCUGGAAUGAUCCAGUGCCAGAAAUUUUACCUGCAUAGGGGUAAUUUGAUAUCAUGUUAGGAUAUACCAUCUCUUGAUACUUACUAAUUAAACCACAAUAUGCCCUAAUACAAUAUACUUUUAAUUGAUCAAUGAGAGACAUGGGUACAGGACAUUGGUUUAUAUUUAUCCCUUUAAGUGUCAAUGUUCCCUAGCUGAUGCACUUUACUUUGUUAUUGUACUCUAAUGCCAGACAAUUUCACUUGUCAAUGGGAGAGUGCUGGCCUCAAUGGGUUAACAUGUGCAAGGAUUAAUAAAUUAAUCUGGUAGGCAAUUAUAAUUUAAAAUACAAAAGUGCACAUUUGUCAUGUAUUAACUUUGAAUUAAUAUUUUUGAGAAUUUAGGUUCUGGGUUUAGAAGAUGCUUCUCCAAAUAUGUUAGCCCCAACAAGAAUUCUAUUUACUUUGACACACAUCUCAUGGUCACUGACCUUCAAAAGUGUGGUAUGUUGUUUUAGAGUAUAGUAAUUGAUAAGUAUAAUUUAGGACAUAGUUAUUGAUAAGCAGUUUUAUGUUAAUGCUAAAAAUGGAAAAGUUAUCAAGUUGGGUUUGACACAUUUGCUUUAACUAAUGUUGCAUACAUGAAAACGAGGCAUUAUAUAGCUGAAGUGACAUACUUUCUAGAAGGGUGUAUUGGCCUUUUUCGAAUUAUGUUUUAAGCUUAUAACAGUGAUUCAGUGAAUUUGAUAUAUUUUUUUUAUAACAUGUAGGCUUUUCUUUGGAGCAAUCUGAAGUUAUAACUUCUGCAAUCACUGAUAUUGUUCACUCUGCUGUUGGAAAUGUCAAGGGAGAUUCUGUCUCUAGAGUUGAACAGGUGUGUGAAAGUUUCCAUUGAUUGACAAAUUAUAUAGAUCUUAUUCCACUGUUCAAGUUAGGAUAUUAUAGUUUAUAGAGCUCGGAGAAUGCACCCCCAACCUCCCCCCCUCUUUGCCCCUUGCCUAAUUCUUUGCUGAGAAGCACCACCUCACACGUACCACAACUACAGUAUACUGUACCAGUGUACCUGAAUUUUAUAUUUUGUUUACAUAGGAACAACUUGAAGUGAGAUUAAAGUCAUUAAUAGAAAAAGUAAGGUAUAUAGUAAACAGUACUUGAUUUAUUCUCAGUAUCAUAUAGUGUAAGUAAUCUUCCCAAUGACCUAAGUACUCUCAUCCUGAAGUACUGUAGGAACCGGUAAUUUAGAUUUUACCAUUUUAUGUUCAGACAUAUAUGAAACUCAUUUACUAUAGUUCUAAAUGACGAUUUUGUGUGUGAUUUCUAAAAACAAUUAGAUUAAUCUUGAGAAUUUUUUCAAAUUAGAAAUGAUAUGAUAAUUUUAGAGAAAACAGAAUUUGUUCGAAUGAAAGAUGAAUGUGCGGUAUGUGAUUGAUGUAUUUUUUUCUUAAUAUAACAGCUAGUAGUUCAUGAGUACAAGAAGAGAAGAAGCAUGUAGGAAAUUAAUUAACUCACUUCGAGACCAAGAUUCGCCACACAACCCUUUAAUUGCAAUAGUUAAAUCCAGUCUAUCAGAACGAACUCAUAAUUAUGAUCUGCGUAAUAAUAACCCGCAACUCUUACCGAUAAUGUCUGAACGGUUAAAGAACUUUUUUGCCAUUAAAUAUAGUUAACAUUUUAUGAAUGCAUUUUUAUAAUAGGUAGUUUAAUAGUUAGAGUAUAUUAUCGUAAUUUACCCUAAUUUAGUAUAGAAUACAUAUUAUCAUACUAUAUAACAUUGUUAACGUAAAUUUUAAUAUUUAAUAAUGUAAAUAUUGUUUCCAUGUAAUUCAGCUUUAGCUGCAAAAUGGAUUUUAUUAAACUAAUAAUAAUAAUAAUAAAAGUCUUAUAACCUAACUAUGAAAUUGUCUCUUCUUCAUUUUAGAAAUUGAAAAGUGAAGUGGCUGCUCUUAAGUUAUUGCUACAGGUAAUCCAUGUAACACCAUGUUAUACACAAGCCUGCAAUUUAGCUUACAACGUAAUUUUGGAUACACAGCCAUAUGUGCAUGAUCGAAAAAGCAGUCAUGGUUAAAUUGUUAGCAUGGCCUGCAUGUGGUUCUGCCAACACUUUCUUUACAAAACAUAUGCUUAAGAAUGAAAGUUGUUCUUCGUCAAUAUUUGACGGAAAAUUAAUUGUUACAGGCUUUAAAAUAUCUUUUCCAGGGCCGUCUGACAAAAUGUCCGAUGACGUUGAGUUUGGAUCGGACAUAUGUCCGAUGACCUUCAGUUCAGUUCUGACUCGGAAAUUAAAGUCUGAAUGACACAAAUGAAUAUCAGCACAAUGUAUUAAUUCUAAACGGUAAAUGUUGUGAAGAUAUUAAAUAAUUUGUGUCAUUCAUACUUAUUUCCAAGCCAAAAUUAACUUGCUUGCCAGAACAGAAGUAAGACUUCGACAACUUAAGCCCGUUUUCCACUUCACCAUUUCGCUAGCACGUCGCCGCCCCGCGCUCGAUCAGCCUACGUUAAAACAACAUUUCCAUGCAGUUUACUUUUUAUACAAUACUCAAUUGUCCUUUAUUUUCCAUUUACUAUACGAGCCUUAUACUGCGGAUUGAUUUACGUUGGACAAAGCUACAGUUCGGUUGGACACCAAUACACUCGGGUCGGACAAACAGUAAACCCCAGUUUCACUUAUGUCGGACAGAAUGUCCGGUGGCUUCCUCACUAUACGUCGGACAAUUUCACGAAUGGGUCGGACAAUGUCCGUGACCGACCGAUAUUUUAAGGCCUGAUUGUUAUAUAUCAAAAUCUAACAGGGAGAACAGUUUUUCAUCACAGCAUUCUACAAAAUUAAUUAGUGCUUUCGUAACAUUUCGAUAUUAUGAAACUUAUUUCAGUAGUUUUUAUGCUAUACGAAAUCAAAUAGUGUAUAGUUUUGUGGGGGACACUUGGUGUUUCAGAAAUUUAUUAGUUGCAGAAAAAAUUACUUUGUGUAACGUAUAAAUGAUCUGAUAUUUACAUCUGAUUAGUGAUCCGACCACAUUUUAUUUGUAAAGUUGUUGUUAACCCCGCCCCCAAAAAGGUUACCGUAUGCUUUCUCGGAUCGUUUGUUUCAGUCACCGUUAAACUGCUUCCAUUCCAGGAAGAAGUGGUGAAGUUAAAGUCCAGUCAAGCAUUAGAUACGAGUUUGGAAAGAAGUCGAGUAAAGGAGGAGGUAAAACUCUAUUUAUGUUUUGACUUAUCAUCAUUGCUUUUGCUUUAUUCAGAAUAUUAUGGACACCGGUCAUUGUCCUGUUGCAUUUUCCAUAGAAACUAGUAAUCUGACGCAAAUAGUUCGACGAACAAUAGCCCAAUAGGGUUUUUGUAGCUGGAAAUUUUGAGUGUAAAUUUUUUUACUUUUUGUACCUAACAUAGAGGGGCUCCGAACUGAAAUGCUACUAUAGACCCAUUGCACAUGACGUCACAGCGCCGGUGACGAUGCAUCUGGAGGACAAAUUAGCAAUCUAGGCAUAAUAUAACUUUCGUAAACAAAGCAAAUUUUGUAAAACUUUAUAAUAAUUUUGUAUUAAAAUGGUUAAUUUUGCGCUGUAUGUGGUUGUUGUACCCGAACAGAUAUUGUUAGGGACUAGCAUCUGAAGGACACUCUAAGGAUUUGUGACGUCAGUGCAAUGGGUCUAUAGGUCCUGUGGCAGGAAUCGAACGGGUUUGUAAUCCAAGUGAGAAUAUAUAUGUUUUAAGACCUGACCAGGAAAGACUGCGAAAAAUGCAGCACAAGGUCCUCUGGUAGGAAUUGAACCUACGGCCCUGCGAUUUCGGUGCAGCGCUCUAACCAACUGAGCUACAGAGGCCAGCUGUUGAGCUGUAACCGCAAGUUCAUGUAUAUAUAGGUAACCAACUGAGCUACAGAGUCCAGUUGACAAGCUUUAUUAACCACAAUGUAAUGUUUUCCAUAUAUAGCAAGAUGAUGCCAGUGUAUGAGGUUUAGAGCUUGGCAACUGUACUCUGUAGCUCAGUUGGUUAGAACGCUGAGCCGGAGUCGCAAGGUUCCAUUCCUGCCAGCGACCUAUAGUUGCAUUUGUUCGCAGCUGUUACUGAUUAGGCGUAAUAAAUGUAUACAAACGAACACUUGAUAAUUUCCAUCUACAAAACCCUUCAAUUAUUAUUCAAUCGAGUGAGAUGCCAACAAAAUCUUGAUAUUUACCCAUAAGGUUUAUGGGUAUAAAAUAUCACAAUGGACAACUUGCAUGCCAGACUAAAUUUUAAUCUAAGUAAAGGGAAGGGAAUCAAACACAACAGUUAAAAAGAACAUAAUGAAAUUAGUAAAAUUGCAAAAUUUGGUUGCGAAAUGUUGUAAAAUACAGAAAAUAUAGCGUUGCGAAGUUUGCAUAUUUUCAGUAUAUUUGUAUUACGUGCGGUAAUUGUUACCAUUUUCGGCUCAAAAAUGGUAACAAUUUCCGCACGUAAUACAAACAUACUGAAAAUAUGCAAACUUCGCAACGCUAUAUUUUCUGUAUUUUACAACAUUUCGUAAUCAAAUUUUGCAAUUCCACUGAUUUUGAUAAUUUCUUUACGGGAAUUUACUUUCUUUUGUCUAAAUAAAAAAUUAGUCUAACAUGCAAGUUGUCCUAUUAACCAAGUGAACGCUCUAACAAACUGAAGUACGCCUACAGAGUUCAUUUUUCGAGCUUUCUGAAAAUUUUCAGUAAUUUUCGUUGUUUUUUUCUUUAUAUAUAGUUCCAAUUUCGCGACCAGAAAAUAAAAGACAAUAACAAUCGAAUUGACACAGAAGUAAGAUGUUUAUAACAUUACAUUGUCUUGUAUAUUAAUUGAUUUAAUUUGUAGAUGUAUAGAAUUACAACGUACACGACAACACAUAAGGAUUUUCUUCAACUGUUUUUAUGAAGGUUGCUAGAGUGGAAACGAAGAUAGAAGCCCAGAAAUUAGAUCUUCUUAAAUAUCUUGUUGGUAAGUUGGUUGAAAAUGUUCUAUAUAUAUGUUUACCAGAACAGUUUUUCAUCAAGGCGUUCUACAAAAUUAGUGCUUUCUUUACAUUUCCAUAAACAUCACGACUAUAUACAGUACUUUCAUUUCAUUCUCGUUUUUGUAUUUUAAUUUGUGCGUUUACUUCGUAAAAAGAAAUCCAUAUGAAACUAGUGGGCACUCAAAGACCACCACACCUCCGCCAGGGAAUUAAUUCAAGUGUCAUGCAUAAAUUAUACAUUGGGCUAAUUACGCAUUCAGUUUCUCUGCCCGGCCACAGAGUAAUUACAUACAGAGGUCUCACUUCUGCAAAAAAACCAUAAGGUAGUUUUUACUGAACAUAUCCAGCUCAUAUCAUGGCGGACAUGUUCUUAGCAAGUGCCCUAGCUAAAGAGAGGCAUUCACCCCCUGGAACAUUCAAUAACGUUUGAGCAAUGGGAAGCCUCGCAAUGCCUCGGAAGGUCGUCUCCAAUUGGAUGGGGUUUUUCUAAAGAACAAAGCAAUUUAUUGUUGUAAACACAAAAGCAAUUGUCAAAUCGAGCCAAUGAAAAUCACUCUUCCGAGCUACUGCGAGGCUACCCGGAGCAAUUGCGAUUCUUCCUGUAACUCGUAAAAUGUGAGGGUCAAGAUGGCGCCGUAUGGGGGAAAAUAUUGCACUUGUCAUAUCUUUGAAACAAGUUCCGUUUCUCCAACUUUUUUUUUCCAUUUUUACUAUGAACAUAUCAUAAGCUUCACCAGAGCCGCCGAGAGGGGGGGGGGGAAAUUGCCCCGGGCCCCGAGGUACUGGGGUCCCCUGAAAAAUUUUAGUUGGGCCCCAGUGUUUUUUCUGUGUUAAAUAUUUCCGCGCAAAGGACAACAUAUCUGUUUUAUUGGGUUAAGUACCGAAAUUAGGCAUAAAAAAUGAGAUAAAGUCCCUGAAAAGUGCGUGCAAUCUACUCGUCCGGAAAAAUUUUUGACCCCUAAAAUGGUACACUGACCAAAAUUUUUUUGGCGACGGGGGGGGUUGUUGUCCGGAAAAAAAAUUUUCCGGAAAAUUUUUUUUCAAAAAGGGGGCCCCAAAAAAAUAUUUUGCCCCGGGCCCCCGCCAACCUCUCUGCGGCACUGAGCUUCACCCCCGGGAAGUUUCAGCAAAUUCUCAUUUCCAGAACCGUUACUGACGAAUCACCUUUUAAUUUUUAUUAUUUUCAUUUUGAUUCCAGGUAGUGUUUUAUCUUUCACCACCAUAUCACUUGCAUUCUGGCGAUUUUUUCGAAUGUGA